AUGUCGUUCACAAGCGGAGUGGACGCGCAGCGCGGUCCCGAUGCCACUAGUGCUCUACGCCCACACGCGAAAGGAUGCUGGCAAGUCAUAAAGCCCACUGAUCCAGUGCUGUUCAGUGCAUUUUUACGUUACAAACUGUGGCCUGAAAACAUAUUAAAACAUGUUCCUUCUUUUUCUCCCUCAGAUAAACUACUAGUUUUUACUGUAGCAACUAAGGAAACUGAUGGCUUUCACCGUUUCAUGCAAACUGCAAAGCACUUCAACUACACAGUAAAGGUACUUGGAAAAGGUGAAGAGUGGAAAGGUGGUGAGCUGCCUAACUCUAUUGGCGGAGGGCAGAAAGUUCGACUGCUGAAAGAAGGCAUAGGAAGCUAUGCUAAUCAAGAGGACUUGGUUGUAAUGUUUGUUGAAUGCUAUGAUGUUAUCUUUGCGGGGGGCCCUGACGAACUGCUAAAGAAGUUUCAGGAAACUAAUCAUAAAGUGGUGUUUGCAGCAGAUGGACUAAUUUGGCCAGAUAAAAGGCUAGCUGACAAGUAUCCUGUUGUCAAGAGUGGAAAACGAUUCCUGAACUCAGGAGGAUUUAUUGGUUAUGCUCCAUAUAUAAAUCGUAUUGUGCAGGAAUGGGAUCUGCAGGAUAAUGAUGAUGACCAGCUGUUUUACACCAAAAUCUAUGUUGACCCAUUGGCAAGGGAACGCAUUAACAUUACUUUGGACCACAAAUGUACAAUUUUUCAGACCCUAAAUGGAGCUGUUGAUGAAGUCCUUUUGAAAUUUGAAGACGGAAAAGUAAGAGCAAGGAAUUCAGUGUACGAUACACUACCAAUCACCGUUCAUGGAAAUGGUCCAACUAAAAUUCAGUUGAAUUAUUUGGGAAACUAUAUUCCUAAUGCUUGGACACAGGAAACUGGUUGCAGUAUUUGCGAUUUAGACUUACUAGACCUGUCAACAGUAACGGAAUAUCCAAGAGUAAAAAUUGGUGUUUUCAUUGAACAACCCACUCCUUUCCUACCUAAAUUUUUAGACAGACUGUUGACUCUGGACUACCCAAAGGAGGCACUCAGUAUCUUCAUUCAUAAUAAUGAGGUUUACCAUGAAAAGCACAUCAAGAAAUUCUGGGAAAAAGCCAAGAACGUUAUCAGACCUAUAAAAAUUGUUGGACCUGAAGAAAAUCUGAGUCAAGCAGAAGCCCGGAACAUGGGAAUGGACCUUUGUCGCCAGGAUAAAGCAUGUGAAUAUUACUUCAGCAUAGAUGCAGAUGUCGUGCUGACAAACCCCAAAACUUUAAGAAUACUGAUAGAACAGAACAGAAAGAUAAUUGCUCCACUUGUAACUCGUCAUGGGAAGCUUUGGUCCAAUUUCUGGGGUGCUUUGAGCCCAGAUGGCUAUUAUGCUCGAUCAGAAGAUUAUGUUGAUAUUGUCCAAGGGAACAGAGUAGGAGUAUGGAAUAUUCCUUAUAUGGCUAAUAUAUACUUAAUUAAGGGACAAACUCUCAGGUCAGAGAUGAAGGAAAAGAACUACUUUAUGCGUGAUAAGUUGGAUCCUGAUAUGGCUCUCUGCAGGAACGCCAGGGAAAUGACUUUACAAAGGGAAAAAGACUCCCCUUCUUCGGAAACAUUCCAUAUGCUCAGACCCCCAAAGGGUGUUUUCAUGUACAUUACCAACAGACAUGAAUUUGGAAGACUUAUUUCUACAGCCAAUUACAAUACCUCCCACUACAACAAUGACCUCUGGCAGAUAUUUGAAAAUCCUGUGGACUGGAAGGAAACCUAUAUAAAUCCCAACUACUCAAAGAUCUUCACUGAUAAUAUAGUAGAACAGCCAUGUCCAGAUGUGUUUUGGUUUCCCAUAUUUUCUGACACUGCCUGUGAUGAAUUGGUCGAAGAAAUGGAACAUUUUGGACAAUGGUCUGGUGGAAAACACCAAGACAGCCGUAUUUCUGGAGGUUAUGAAAAUGUCCCAACUGAUGAUAUUCAUAUGAAGCAGAUCGGACUGGAUAAUGAAUGGCUGCAUUUCAUAAGAGAGUUCAUUGCCCCAGUAACGCUAAAAGUGUUUGCUGGCUAUUAUACUAAGGGGUAUGCUUUAUUGAAUUUUGUUGUAAAAUAUAGCCCGGACAGACAACGGUCACUCAGACCUCAUCAUGACUCCUCUACAUUCACAAUCAACAUCGCUCUCAACAAAGUAGGAGAGGACUUUCAAGGAGGUGGAUGUAAAUUUCUUAGGUACAACUGCUCCAUUGAGUCUCCCAGGAAAGGAUGGAGUUUCAUGCACCCAGGAAGACUUACUCAUUUACAUGAAGGACUUCCUAUCUUGAAUGGCACAAGAUACAUUGCAGUAUCAUUUAUUGAUCCUUAA